AUGCCUAGCAUAUUCAUUAAUCCCACGCCUUUACUCUCCAAGGUUGAAGGACCCCAUUCCCUCUCAGAACGAGUCAACAUUGCAACACGUUCCCUCCAUACCCAAUUGAACAGGCUCAUCCUCCUACGACUGCCCUUGGCUCUUCCUCCUAGGACAACGAAUCCCUCCAAAUACGUUUCCGGACUUCUUUUUAUUGCGCCUAUCUACAUCACAUUCGAGUCAAUAUGGCAGUCAGUUCUUGAUAGUCCAUGUGAAGAAGAGGAGGCCAAGCAGAGUCUGAACGGAAUCUCGGAUGCCCGAAGUCCAACGUCAGAACAAGGAACAAACCCGGCCACAUCAAGCCCGUACAUACUUCCUCGAAAGACUUGCUCUAGGUUAUAUUGCUUGCUCUCUGACCUUCAACUUCCUGGUCUACCACGGGCGGAAACACUACGAACAGAUAUUAGGGUCCUGACAGGUACACCCCGGUACAAGGUUCAAGAGCAGCUCUCCGCCGUCUCGCAGCAUGGCCGACUCGCGGAGUUCUUGUCACAUACCAAGAAUUCAGUUGAUGCCAACCCUCACGUUCUUCUAGCAUAUGCAUGGGUUCUCUACAUGGCUCUGUUUUCCGGGGGACGGCAUCUGCGGGCAGAACUGAAGAAAGCGGGUGGGAUUGGACUUGAUUUCUGGAAUCGAGAACUGUCACCCGUUCGACCUUACUCGAUAACACAGGAACGAUCACGAAGACAUGAAUCGAAAUCCACAACCUGUGAUUCCGAGAGGAUACCUCGCCUCCCCCGCUCCAGAUCACGGUCAGAAAGCGCGGCUUCUACUAUGGUACCUGGAAUGCAAUUCUUCAACUUCCCCGGAUCUGAAGAUGGUGAGGAUAUAAAGCGAGAAUUCAAGGCCCGCUACGCCGAAGCAGAGUCACAUCUCACAGAAGCCGAGAAAGAAGACAUUGUGUCCGAAGCACAGUAUAUAUUCAAAUUCAUGCUAGACUUAAUUGCCGACCUGGACCUCAUUAUGCAGACUCGCGAGGAGGAGCUCGAAACGGAACGGUUGUUGGACAACUCGAGGCCCUUGGUGGCCAGUCGAGAUAGCGUUGCCGUGACUCACGAACGGCUGUCGAGAAGGAGGACCAGUGAUACCAAAAUAAUGGAGCUGCCACGAAAGGCUAGCUAUCUGGACGUCUUUGUAAAUCAACCUAUCGCAAAGCUUACACAAUUCAGAGGUGCUGUUGCAACCUGGGAUCUAGUCAUGAAGCCUCUUGGACGACGAUUCUCGACAGACGGUCCAUCGCCACAGGUGUCUUUUUCGUCCGAAUCAGAGAAAGAUGGACAAACGUCGCCUAGUUUCACAACUGAGCAUUAUUUGGUCAUGUUGGUAGUCAUGGUGUCGGUGUCUACUGUACUUUUGGCGUAUUAUUAUGCAUCUUCAUAAGGGCAUUGCGUACGGGAUAAACAUGGAGUUUUGGAGUUGCCCGACUUUCUGGAUAAGAUGGUCGGCCUGCGGUUAUGGAUGAUGUAGGCCAGGUUUUGGGCCUUUGGAAUAGAAUAGAAUGGGUGGCGAAUAAUGCAUACAUCCGACUGAAAUAUUCACAUCGUGCAAGGUUGUGACUUUCCUGAUACUCACGAGUCAAGAAGGAGGGUGAUAGUACACCGGUUUGCUCCAACGUCGUCUUCUGAGGGUAUUCAGACCCCGACAUAUCCUAAGAAGAAGUCCUCCGGGGAGGGGAAGGAUUCACGGUACAUCCUCGUCAGAAUUCUACGUAGCAAGCAAGAUGUGAAUGUGGGGCUGGCAGGGCUCCGGUAUAGUAGG